UUGGGGAUGCUGCUUAGAAGAAUUUUUAUUGUGAUUAUUGUAAUUGGAUUUUGUGUUUUGGAAAAUUUUGCAAAAAAACCAUUAAAUCCUGAUAUUUUGAAAUAUCAUCCGCGCGCUAAACAGGUGCGAUUUCGGAAAAAUUCAUAAUCGAAUCACAGAUUUUCUGGACAAACUAAGGACAACAAUAACUUUUCUGUUUCGAAGGAAUGGCUGAGAUUUUCGCGGAACAGAAAUGCGGUACCGAGAGAAAUAUAUUUCUGGAACGAUGUAAAAAAUCAUAUACGAAGAUUACUGACUUUUCACCUUAAUCUAAGAAAUGACGAGCAACUUAAAACAUCGGCAAUACGGUAAAAUGCAAUAUUAAUCGUGCAUGCAAAUACACAAAAUGCAAGGUUGCAUAUACUCGCCUGAACAUUCUCUCAGUCGUCGCGAAUUCGCAAAGGCUAAUGCAUGUUGAAGACCGACCAUAUCCAAUGGUCUUUUAUUUAAACGCACGGAAAUUGUUUUCGAUUUAAAAAAUUACAAAAUCGAUUCUGACAACAAGUGUUAAAAGAAAUAAAGAAAUGGCGGCGAUAUCGAAUACGAUCUGUGCAUUGUUUUUCAUUGCCUUACUGGUCAUGGUACAUAGUGAGGAGAAAUUGACAAGCAAGGAUCACGAUGAACUUCUGGAAAAACUGGCAAGUUUCAUUGCUCAAAGGGAAGCCAGCACGACAACGCCAAAGCCGAAGUUAACCUUACCGUCAAGGAAGGACGAGACUGAAGUAGAAAGAGCUGACAGGAUUAACAAAGGUUUCGAGAGGAUGAUUCAAUUUGUGAAUGUUCUGGGUCAAGUAGACAGUUUCAUAUCGGAUAGAACAAAGAAUGUUGUGAAAAAAUUGAAUGCUAUGUAUGAGGUAGAUGAAGCCGCGAAUUCUAAAAGAGGACGUAGACACUAUUGAAAUUGGCGUCAUGUAAAUCUAAUGAAAUUAAUAAAAAUUAUACAGUUAUUGUUUCA